AUGGAGAUUUUGGUGACGCUGGAACCACGAGAUGAUCCCAAUGAGAUCAUCCAGAGUGGCUUGAUGCAACGAAAACCUCUAGAAUUGCGCAGCACUGGUGCCACAGAAAUAGAUUUGGGGCGCGGCUCAACCACGGGAAUUGGCGACAAUACUAUCGGCUCAUCUGUCGUCAGAAUCGCCCUUAGAUCCUCGGGGAUCGAAAUGGGUGUACGGGCCACCCUUCAACGAGAUGCAGUCAUGUGCAAAGUACACGUAAAUGGACUUCCUUUUCCACCCGGACAAAAGAGCGCCUACCUCAAUAGCGGAGACACAAUCUCUCUGGACGGCUUGAGAUAUGAAUACCGAGUAAAUAUAUCUGAACUCAGCGGUAGUGCCAGUGCUCCAGUUAUUGACACUCUGGGAGAAGAUCUUGGAUUUGACAGUGAGGAUUUUUGGAGUACAUCGUCCUUUCUUGGCAGUCCACACGAAACCAAGAGUGAGCCUGGAGUCAACGUAUCUCCCACGCUUUGUAUCCAAUUAUCUGAUGAGCUACAAUGCAGUAUCUGCUUAGACAUUCAAGUCAACUCGAGAACGAUUCAUCCAUGUGGGCACUCAGUCUGUGCCGCUUGUAUCACCAAGCUUUCCCAUUGUCCGCAGUGUCGAGUCAAGGUGAAGUCUCAUGUUCCGAAUAUGCAACUCAAUAGCUUGAUUAGCAAACUAGUAUCCAUCCCUUCACUGCUGGAUGCGGAUGAUGUUAAGAGUUAUCAUGACCGGGCGAAGAAUGCAAAGGUGUUCCCUGUCGUCGAACUUACUUCUAGGUCUGGAACCAAACGGCCCCGAAAUUCUACUGGGCACAGAAUGGAAAGUAUCCCUUUUCGCCCUCCAAACGGCGGUGGACAAAGGAGAACGUUUGACUUUGCCUUUGGCGAUAUGGAUGACGAGUUUUACAUGCCUGUGCAUCUCGGAGAAGCUGCUGCUGCAGCUGCUACCGCUCGGGCCAUAGCCAGUGCUAAUAUUUCAUCCAAUUCGCGGCAUCCUCGAGGCCUUUCCGGAUUACAGCAGGCCAAUAGGCAUCGGUCGGGGAAUGCCCUGUCAUCUUCUCGAAGGUCGCAACCUCAGCUACCAUCGCAAGCGGGUAACUCUGUUGAAAGUGCCAUUAGCAUUGAUUAG